CACUUGCAAAAGCAUGAGAGUGCAGUAAAUCCCGACUCCUGCUAUUACUACUGUGCUCUGUGUGAUUACUCCACCAAGGUCAAGCUGAACCUGGUACAACAUGUCCGCUCAGUGAAGCACCAGCAGACAGAGGGCCUACGCAAGCUCCAGUUACACCAGCAAGGGCUGGCACCGGAGGAGGACAACCUCAGCGAGACAUUUUUUGUCAAAGACUGCCCACCAAAUGAGCUCGAAGAACAAGGUGAAGAUACAGAAGUGUCUGCUAAAAGUACAUCAGUGGCUGUGGCUGAUGAUAAAGACUCAAGUGAGAGAGACAAUAGUGAAGGCAAAAAAUCUAGUAAAGACUCUGGAAUAGUCACACCAGAGAAGGAACCAAAAGUGAAUACUGUGGUAGGGGCACAACAGCUUCUUCUGGCAAAAGAAGAGGAUGAUGCAGCUAAAAAAUCAAAGCCUCCAGAAGACAAUAAAUUUUGUCAUGAGCAGUUCUAUCAAUGUCCUUAUUGUAACUACAAUAGUAGGGACCCAAAUCGUAUCCAGAUGCAUGUCCUGUCACAGCAUUCAAUGCAACCUGUUAUCUGCUGCCCCCUCUGCCAGGAUGUCCUCAGCAACAAAAUGCAUCUCCAGCUUCAUUUGACCCAUUUGCACAGUGUGUCCCCUGACUGUGUGGAGAAACUGCUCAUGACAGUUCCUGUACCAGAUGUCAUGAUGCCCAACAGUAUGCUGUUGCCAGCAGCUGCUUCAGAGAAAUCUGAACGUGACACACCUGCAACCAUUACGGCUGAGGGACCUGGGAAAUAUCCAGGUGAAAGUCUUGUGGAUGAGAAAAGUACCCCUGGGAAUGAUGAAUCAAAAACUGGAAUGGAAAUUAAGACGGAGGAACAGAAGCCACCUAAGGAAUCUACUGAAACACCAGAUUGGAAUAAGAGCAGCAGUAAAGAUAUAAAGACCACUGACUCAAUGACAGAUCAGCUAAAUGAGCAGCAGAAGAAGCAACAGCUCUCUGUUUCUGAUCGCCAUGUUUAUAAGUACCGUUGUAACCAUUGCAGCUUGGCUUUUAAGACUAUGCAGAAGCUUCAGAUACAUUCCCAGUAUCAUGCUAUUCGGGCAGCUACCAUGUGUAGCCUUUGCCAACGUAGCUUCCGUACAUUCCAGGCUUUAAAAAAACACUUGGAAGGAGGCCACCCUGAACUCAAUGAAGCUGAACUUCAGCAGCUCUGUGCAUCUUUACCUGUCAAUGGUGAACUCUGGGCAGAAAGUGAAAGUAUGGCACAAGAUGAUCAUGCGCUAGAACAGGAAAUAGAAAGAGAUUAUGAGAUGGACCAGGAAGGUAAAGCAAGUCCUGUAGGAAGCGAUAGUAGCUCUAUUCCAGACGAUAUGGGCUCAGAACCAAAGCGGACCUUACCUUUUAGAAAAGGGCCAAAUUUUACCAUGGAAAAAUUUCUAGAUCCAUCUCGCCCAUAUAAGUGUACAGUGUGUAAAGAGUCUUUCACCCAAAAGAACAUUCUCUUGGUCCACUAUAACUCAGUGUCCCAUCUACAUAAACUCAAAAAGGUUUUGCAGGAAGCAUCGAGUCCUGUCCCUCAAGAAACCAACAGCAGCACUGACAACAAACCCUACAAAUGCAGCAUUUGUAAUGUUGCGUAUAGCCAAAGUUCUACAUUGGAAAUCCAUAUGAGAUCUGUGCUUCAUCAGACGAAGGCAAGGGCUGCAAAAUUAGAACCAAGUGGUAAUAUAAGUAGCGGAAAUAGUGUAGCAGGGAAUGUUAAUAGCCCCAACCAAGGAAUGCUAGAAUCUAUGAGUUUACCAGCAGUUAACAGCAAAGAAACACAUUUGGAUGCCAAAGAAUUAAACAAAAAGCAAGCUUCUGAAUUAAUUUCUGCUCAGCCUACACAUCACCCACCCCAGUCACCAGCACAACUUCAAAUGCAACUACAGCAUGAACUGCAACAGCAAGCGGCAUUCUUUCAACCUCAGUUUCUAAACCCAGCUUUUUUGCCUCACUUUCCAAUGACACCAGAAGCACUGCUGCAAUUUCAACAGCCUCAGUUCCUUUUCCCGUUCUAUAUACCUGGGACGGAAUUUAGCUUAAGCCCAGAUCUGGGUUUGCCUGGUUCUGCCACAUUUGGCAUGCCCGGAAUGGCUGGUAUGACAGGAUCACUGCUAGAAGAUUUGAAGCAGCAGUUACAAACUCAGCACCAUGUUGGCCAAACCCAGCUACAGAUACUGCAGCAACAAGCACAACAGUAUCAAUCCACUCAACCCCAACUUCAGUCCCAAAAACAGCAGCAGCAAAGUAGCAAGCUGAUGAAAGCAGAACAAAAUACCUUAGUAAGUACAGACUGCCAGCUGAUAAAGGAUAUGCCAUCAUAUAAGGAGCCAGAAGAAAUUUCUGAGAAACAAGAGAAGCCAAAGCAAGAGUUUACUAAUGAGAACGAAGGACUAAAAGAAAACAAAGAUAUGAAGAAGCCAAAAUCCUCAGAACCAGGCAUCCCACCACCCAGAAUAGCUUCUGGAGCAAGGGGGAAUGCAGCCAAGGCUUUGUUGGAGAACUUUGGGUUUGAAUUAGUUAUCCAAUACAAUGAGAACAGACAAAAAGUGCAGAAAAAAAGCAAGACUGGUGAAGGUGAAAACACAGACAAAUUGGAAUGUGGAACCUGCAGUAAGCUCUUUUCCAACAUUCUUAUUCUGAAGAGUCAUCAAGAACAUGUGCAUGGACAGUUUUUUCCAUAUGGAGCAUUAGAAAAGUUUGCCCGACAGUACAGGGAGGCGUAUGACAAGCUUUAUCCAAUUUCUCCAUCUUCGCCAGAAACACCACCACCUCCACCACCGCCUCCUCCACCACCACCACCUCCUCCUCCUCCAACUCCUUCUCAGCCUUCUUCAGCUGGGUCUGGUAAAAUUCAAAACACAACUCCCACUCCUUUGCAAGCUCCACCACCCACACCACCACCGCCGCCUCCACCACCACCACCACCUCCUCCUCCACCUCCGCCACCAUCAGCCCCACCUCAAGUCCAGCUUCCUGUUUCACUUGAUCUCCCACUUUUCCCUCCAAUUAUGAUGCAGCCAGUGCAGCAUCCUGCAUUGCCUCCUCAGCUUGCCCUCCAGUUGCCGCCAAUGGAUACUUUAUCUGCAGAUCUUACCCAGCUUUGUCAGCAGCAGCUGGGAUUAGAUCCCAAUUUCCUGCGGCACUCUCAGUUCAAGCGUCCACGUACAAGAAUCACAGAUGACCAGUUAAAAAUCUUGCGGGCUUAUUUUGAUAUUAACAAUUCUCCAAGUGAAGAGCAGAUCCAAGAAAUGGCUGAGAAAUCUGGUCUUUCACAGAAAGUUAUCAAGCAUUGGUUUCGUAAUACGUUGUUUAAAGAACGACAGCGAAAUAAAGAUUCUCCAUAUAACUUCAGCAACCCUCCUAUAACAGUACUAGAAGAUAUCAGAAUAGAUCCUCAACCUUCAGCUGUAGAACCUUACAAGUCUGAUGCAUCUUUCAGCAAGAGAUCAUCUAGGACUCGGUUUACUGACUACCAGCUUCGUGUCCUCCAAGACUUCUUUGACACAAAUGCUUAUCCAAAGGAUGAUGAAAUUGAACAGCUUUCAACUGUACUUAACCUACCUACACGAGUUAUUGUCGUAUGGUUUCAAAAUGCGCGACAAAAAGCUCGCAAAAGUUAUGAAAAUCAAGCUGAAACUAAAGACAACGAGAAAAGGGAACUGACAAAUGAGCGUUACAUUCGAACUAGUAACAUGCAAUAUCAGUGCAAAAAGUGCAGUGUGGUUUUUCCCAGGAUCUUUGAUUUGAUUACACACCAGAAAAAGCAGUGUUAUAAAGAUGAAGAUGACGAUGCCCAAGAUGAAAGUCAAACUGAAGAUUCUAUGGACGCCUCCGAUCAAACAGUGUAUAAGAACUGCACAGUUUCUGGCCAAAAUGACUCAUCAAAAAGCCUGGCAGUCACAGCACCAAGCUCUGGCUCUGGUUCUAGUACUCCUUUGAUUCCAUCACCCAAACCAGAACCUGAGAAGGCUUCUCCUAAACCAGAGUCCACAGAAAAACCAAAACAAAACGAAACUGCCUCUAAGCAAACCGAUACAACUUCCCAAAGCACCAAACCAGUACAGUCUACUCCAGUAACCUCUUCCGACCCUCAACCCCCAGCUUCUCAACCACAGCAACAAAAACAAUCACAGAUAGUAGGAAGACCUCCUUCUGCACCACAAACCACACCUGUUCCUUCCAGUCCUUUACCAAUUUCAAUGACUUCUCUACAGAACAGUCUACCUCCUCAGUUAUUACAGUACCAAUGCGAUCAGUGUACAGUUGCCUUUCCAACUCUAGAACUUUGGCAAGAGCACCAGCACAUGCAUUUCCUAGCAGCCCAAAACCAAUUUCUUCACUCACAAUUUUUAGAAAGACCAAUGGAUAUGCCCUAUAUGAUAUUUGACCCCAAUAAUCCUUUGAUGACUGGACAAUUACUUAACAGUUCUCUUGCUCAGAUGCCACCACAAAGUGGCUCAUCACAUACAGCACACCCUCCUACAGUUUCUGGUUCCCUGAAACGAAAACUAGAUGAUAAAGAAGACAAUAACUGUAGUGAGAAGGAGGGAGGAAACAGUGGAGAAGACCAACAUCGUGAUAAGCGUUUAAGAACUACAAUUACUCCAGAGCAGCUGGAAAUACUCUAUGAAAAGUACCUGUUAGAUUCCAACCCUACCAGAAAGAUGCUAGAUCACAUUGCACGUGAAGUGGGACUGAAAAAGAGAGUCGUACAAGUCUGGUUUCAGAACACAAGAGCCCGAGAAAGAAAGGGACAAUUCCGUGCGGUUGGUCCAGCCCAGUCCCAUAAAAGGUGCCCUUUUUGUCGAGCUCUAUUUAAAGCAAAAUCAGCUUUAGAAAGCCACAUUCGCUCUCGACAUUGGAACGAAGGGAAACAGGCUGGUUACAGUUUGCCUCCGAGUCCUUUGAUAUCGAAUGAAGAUGGAGGAGAAAGUCCUCAAAAGUACAUAUUUUUUGAUUACCCAUCCCUGUCAUUAGCAAAAACUGAAUUAUCAAGUGAAAAUGAAUUAGCCUCCACUGUAUCAACCCCUGUUAGCAAAACUGCAGAAAUGUCACCGAAGAACCUCCUAAGUCCUUCUUCUUUUAAAGCAGAGUCUAGUGAGGAUAUAGAAAAUUUGAAUGCCCCUCCUGCCGACUCUGGAUACGAUCAAAACAAGACUGACUUUGAUGAGACUUCAUCAAUUAAUACAGCAAUUAGUGAUGCCACAACAGGGGAUGAGGGGAACAAUGAAAUGGAAAGCACGACUGGCAGUUCAGGGGAUGCAAAACCUGCAUCACCUCCCAAAGAACCAAAACCACUUGUGAAUGACACGCUAUCAAAAGCUGCAACUACACCUACGAAUGAGAACACCGAUGAUAAAUUUCUCUUUUCGAUAACAAGCCCCUCGAUACAUUUCAGUGAAAAAGAUGGUGAACAUGACCAAAGUUACUACAUUACUGAUGACCCUGAUGAUAAUGCUGACCGCAGUGAAACUUCAAGCAUAGCUGAUCCAAGUUCACCUAACCCAUUUGGAGCUAGCAAUCCCUUUAAAUCCAAAACCAGUGAUCGGCCAGGCCACAAACGUUUCCGAACACAAAUGAGUAACCUUCAGCUUAAAGUUCUCAAGGCUUGCUUUAGUGACUACAGAACUCCAACAAUGCAGGAAUGUGAAAUGUUAGGGAAUGAGAUUGGCCUGCCCAAACGUGUGGUCCAGGUGUGGUUUCAGAAUGCCCGGGCAAAAGAAAAGAAAUUCAAAAUUAACAUAGGGAAGCCGUUCAUGAUAAAUCAGACUGGACCUGAUGGGACAAAGCCAGAAUGUUCUCUGUGUGGUGUGAAAUAUUCUGCGCGUUUGUCCAUAAGAGAUCACAUCUUUUCCAAACAACAUAUUACAAAAGUGAGAGAAACUGUGGGAAGUCAGCUAGAUCGGGAGAAAGAUUAUUUAGCUCCUACAACGGUUAGACAGCUCAUGGCACAGCAAGAGUUGGAUCGCAUAAAGAAGGCUACUGAUGUACUAGGAUUAACAGUACAGCAGCCAGGCAUGAUGGACAGCAGUUCUCUUCAUGGUAUCAGUUUGCCAGCAGCUUAUCCAGGACUCCCUGGCCUUCCUCCUGUUCUUCUGCCUGGAAUGAAUGGUCCAUCCUCCUUACCUGGAUUUCCACAAAGUUCAAACACUUUAACAUCUCCUGGUGCAGGCAUGCUUGGGUUUCCUACUUCAGCUACUUCGUCUCCUGCCCUGUCUCUCAGCAGUGCCCCCUCCAAACCUUUGCUGCAGACUCCACCACCUCCACCACCACCACCACCACCUCCACCACCUCCUCCUCCUCCUCCUCCUCCUCCCUCCUCCUCUUUGUCAGGACAGCAGACAGAGCAACAGAGCAAAGAAUCUGAGAAAAAAAAUACUAUAAAUAAGCCAAACAAGGUCAAAAAAAUCAAAGAGGAGGAAUUAGAGGCCAACAAACCCGAAAAACACCUGAAAAAAGAGGAAAAAAUCUCAUCUGCUCUUUCAGUGUUGGGCAAAGUUGUAGGGGAAGCGCACGUGGACCCUACUCAGCUGCAGGCACUUCAAAAUGCAAUUGCUGGUGACCCAGCUUCAUUUAUAGGUGGGCAGUUCUUGCCAUACUUUAUUCCUGGGUUCGCUUCGUAUUUUACACCUCAGCUUCCUGGAACAGUGCAAGGAGGGUACCUCCCCCCGGUCUGUGGUAUGGAGAGCCUUUUCCCCUAUGGGCCAGCUGUGCCUCAGACAAUUGCUGGCUUGUCACCUGGCGCAUUGUUGCAGCAGUACCAACAGUAUCAGCAGAACCUCCAGGAUUCGUUACAAAAGCAACAGAAACAGCAGCAAGAACAGCAGCAGAAACAAGUUCAAGCAAAGUCAUCUAAAGCAGAGAAUGACCAACAGCAAAUCUCCAGUGACACUUCGGAAACAAAAGAAGACAGAAGUUCUGCUACAGAAAGCACAAAAGAAGAACCCCAGUUAGAUUCAAAAAGUGCAGACUUUUCAGACACUUACAUUGUUCCAUUCGUCAAGUAUGAGUUUAUAUGCAGAAAGUGCCAGAUGAUGUUUACUGAUGAAGAUGCAGCAGUAAAUCAUCAAAAGUCCUUCUGUUACUUCGGUCAGCCUUUGAUUGACCCACAAGAGACAGUGCUUCGUGUCCCAGUCAGCAAAUAUCAGUGUCUUGCCUGUGAUGUGGCUAUCAGUGGAAAUGAAGCACUUAGCCAACACCUCCAGUCAAGCUUGCACAAAGAGAAAACAAUCAAACAAGCAAUGAGAAAUGCCAAAGAGCAUGUUAGAUUAUUACCUCACUCAGUCUGCUCCCCUAAUCCUAACACCACAUCUACCUCGCAGUCUGCAGCUUCUUCUAAUAACACCUAUCCUCAUCUUUCUUGCUUCUCCAUGAAGUCCUGGCCUAAUAUUCUUUUCCAAGCGUCUGCCAGGAAAGCUGCUUCUUCCCCUUCUUCUCCUCCUUCCCUUUCCUUGCCUUCAACGGUUACCUCAAGUUUGUGCAGCACCUCAGGGGUUCAAACCUCACUACCCACAGAAAGUUGUUCAGAUGAGUCUGACAGUGAGUUGAGCCAGAAGCUGGAAGACUUAGAUAAUUCUUUGGAAGUGAAGGCUAAGCCUGCUUCUGGCCUAGAUGGUAAUUUCAAUAGCAUCAGAAUGGAUAUGUUCAGUGUGUAGGAGUGAAGACAGGAUCCCUUGCUUAAAAAAAUAAGACUUUAACUGCAGUUCCAAAGCUUCUCUAACCCAAAAAUUACAGUACCAAAUG